AGGGGGGGGGGGGCAGAGCGACAAACUGGUAGCGACACCAAUUUGAGGUUCCAGCCCCGGGCUUCCCGUGAGUUCACGGACUUUGAUGACGUCUGCUCGGGCGUAGUCAAUUCUUUAUCGGUAUUCUAAAACUCAUUGUAUUCUAAAAUUAGGAAAGAGCGAACUUACCAGGAAGGCUUGCUACACUAAAAAAAAAAACAAAAUACCAGGAAAGUUACUAAAGUUCCAAGUGGGUGAGGAAUUCCACCCAAAGAAAUGACGCUUACAUUCGAGAAAAUACGGUACCUCACUCCGCGGCAGUGCAUCUCAAGCAUGUAAUUUAUCUCCUUGUUUUAUCUUGCGCCGCACGACGCGGCGUUCACCCCCUCUGCGCUCGUUAUUCCCCUGGCACGACCUGACCACAGUUGCGCAAUGGGCGGUAUAGACCACUUCUCUCAAGGGUUUUUUUUUUUUUUCUUUCUUUUGGACUCGCUUCUUCGUUGGAAUCUUUAACGGGCAUCCUCGUCAAGGUUAGGGCGCGGUGCCUUCAUCGCAGAUCGAAACGCGUACAGUAUCUCACCGUGCUCCUGUUUCACCCUUUUUUUUUUUACGGAGACGCUCGGAAUAACAAAAUGAUUGCAAUUCUUGGCUGCUGUACUUUUCUGUUCAAUUUUGUUGCUGACCUUCUGACGUGUCAGCGGCAUGAAGGAAGAUUUUUCGUAUAAAAAGGGCCCACCGGACCGAGUUCGAUCAGCAGUUGGCUCAACAGCAGCAGCUCUUGAAAGUCACCAUGAUCCGUGCCUGCGUCCUCCUGGCUCUCGCCACCAGCGCCUUUGCUGGCUACACCGGCUACGGCCUCGGCGGUCUGGGCUACGGCUACGGCCUUGGUCUUGGCUACGGCUACGGUCAUGGCCUCGGCUACGGCCUCGGCUACUCCGGGGUGGCUGCCGUCCACCACGCCCCAGCUGUCGCCACCGUCGCCCACGCUCCAGCUGUCGCCACCUACGCCGCUGCUCCAGUUGCCACCUACGCCGCUGCCCCAGCUGUGACCAAGGUUGCCACCACCUACCACGCCCCAGCCGUCGCCACCGUCGCCCACGCUCCAGUGGCCACCUACGCUGCUGCUCCAGUUGCCACCUACGCCGCUGCUCCAGUUGCCACCUACGCCGCUGCCCCAGCUGUGACCAAGGUUGCCACCGUCGCCCACGCCCCAGUGGCCAGCUACGCUGUUGCCCCAGUUGCCACCUACGCUGCUGCCCCAGCUGUGACCAAGGUUGCCACCACCUCAUACACCCCAGCCGUCGCCGCCGUCGCCCACGCCCCAGUGGCCAGCUACGCUGUUGCUCCAGUUGCCACCUACGCCGCUGCCCCAGCUGUGACCAAGGUUGCCACCACCUACCACGCCCCAGCCGUUGCCACCGUCGCCCACGCCCCAGUGGCCACCUACGCUGCUGCUCCAGUUGCCACCUACGCCGCUGCCCCAGCUGUGGCCACCACCACCGUCCACCACGCCCCAGCUGUCGCCACCGUUGCCCACGCUGCCCCAGCUGUCGCCGCCUACCACGCCGCCCCAGUCUACGGCUACGGUGUCGGCACCCUCGGCUACGGCGUUGGCCACUACGGUUACGGCCACGGUCUCCUCGGCUAUGGCCUGAACUACGGAUACGGUCUUGGCUCUCCCUACCACUACGGUGCUCUUCUCCGCAAGAGGAAGUAAACCAUCCAAGUAUAACCUAUUUCAAGCACAAUGAGAAGACAAGUAAUCGGCAUCCACCUCUGUAUUGCGCCAGCAUUAAGCAUGGACAAUUAAAGGGGAUGAAUAAAAUUAGUCUGCACAACAUUA